GGGCUUUAACUGCGGCCUGUGGUGACCUCUAUCUGCCGCAGGGAAAAGGAUUUCCAUGCGCCGGUGUUKGGACUCCGGGAUGAAACCCCUGUCGGUUGGACGUAGGCUAUCUUCACGUCUGAUGGAAGGCUGACGGAAUGAUGCUGACAUUCCUCCAUAUCUUUUUAGCAGGCCUAUUGGGUGCUCUUUGGGAUGUAGUGGCUGCUUUUGGUUUAGGUGGGAUCAGAGUAGUGAAUGGAGAUCACUGUUCCGGCAUAGUGGAAGUGAACCUCCACGGACAGUGGGGGACUGUCUGCGACCAUGGAUGGGAUAUGCGGGCAGCUAAUGUGGUGUGCUUGGAGCUGGGUUGCGGGUUUGCAGAGUUCUCUCACGGUGCCGAAUUUGGUCCGGGCAGCGGGCUGAUAGCCUUGAACUCUGUCCAGUGCACCGGACAUGAAUCCAGUCUGAUUCACUGCAAUCUCUUCCURAACAAGAACUCCUUCUGCACCCAUGAGAAUGAUGCAGGCGUGAAAUGCACAGGGACUCUGUUUGAACCCCGACUCGCGCUGCUGUCCCCUCAGUCCGUUUUCUCUUCUGGGGAGUCCGUUCAUUUUUACUGCAGCAUCAUGCAGCUGAACCGCAUCAGCAACGUCCACCUGUACAAGCAUGGAAUUGCCACGCCCCUCGUCACACAGAGAGCUGACCCGACUCAGCUGGGAGUGGACCUCACCCUGUCUGACGUGGAGACGUUUUACCAGGGCAGCUACAGCUGUCAGUACAGCGUCACGGGUGGGUUCCCCCCUCAGCGGAUCCACUCUCCGCCCAGUAAUACCAUUAAUAUCACAGUGGUGGACCUCUUGACCCCCCAGCUCUGGUACAACACGUCCCCAGAGGCCCCUGUCGGCUCUGUCUUCAAAGGGCAGGGCUUUAACAUYACGUGCUCGACCCUGCAGCAGUAUCCUGGCGGCUCCUUCCAGCUCCGUCUCGUCCGCUCCAACGGCACGGUGCGCCAGUCGCUGCCCGCGCUCUCCCACUCUGUCACCUUCACCUUCUCCGAUGCCCAGAGCGCCAACGAGGGAUACUAUUACUGCAUGUAUCGGGUGCAGCUGGGCGGACGUACGUUCGUCUCCAGAGAAAGCCAGCCCCUGCCUAUAGCCGUCAGAGAUUCUGACCCAAUCCUGAGUCCCAUGGUGAUCAGCUGGCUUGUGUCUGGAGUGACAUUCGUCGUCGCCAUCAUCAUUAUUUUAACUGUGGCCAAGGUGGUCUGCAACAAGGAGAAGAAACCCUCUGAGCUGGAGCGGGAGACACGAACCUGUGUGGACAACACUUAUGUCGCCUUAUCAGUUAACAAGCUCUGAUGGGACCUACAGGCAACAGAUACUGAAAGAAUCCCGUGUYGACAGUCAAGAGGGCUCAAACUGUGUCAAGUACAUCCAGAGAGGGAGAAAUGUAAAACCGAACUAAAGUACUUUGUUCAUCAUCUUCAACCUGGCUGAGGCGCAGACUUUACUCAGCACUUUGAAGGACACACAGCGUCUGUGACGUUCUCUACUGUUUUUCAUUUUGAUCUAGGACAUUUUUAUUGCUGGAAAACAACAAACACGAUCGUCAUUCGUCGCUGUAUUAAUAAAAAGAUGUAAAGUAAGCUUUAGUGGACCAACAGAAAGUUGAACAUUUUUUAUUUUAUAGUUAAGUUUAAAGAUCUGCUCAGACCUGCCACCGUGUCAUAUAUACAGAGACGAAACUGGUACUAAAACUAAAACUGGGGAAACUGUGACCUGAGUUCAUCAGAUCUGUGUUUACAAGGUUCAUGCAGGGUCUUAAGUCUAAAAUUUGAAAAUCAAAAUUUUAGGCCUAAAAAGUCUUAAAAUUUUCAUUCAAAGUCUUAAAUUUAAUUUAGUCAGGUCUUCAUUUUUUUUACUUUCAAUCAUUCCCGAGAAGCGUUGGCUGCAUAAAUAGAGUAAAGCUCUGUCUUCAUGAAGGGCGAAGUUUGCUACUGAUCUCAGUCUGUGGUUAAACUAUAAAUCCUGCCAUAACUGCAAGGGAAAAAAAGCACAGUUUAUUUCCAUGUUUUUAACCUCUUUGCCACUACAGCCCCCCCACAUUCGGCAGCUUGUUCGCCCAUCCAAAAAACAAAGAAGUUCAGUCAUGUCCACUGCUUGUGGUUUAAACAUGGGAAAGUGUGAUUUCAAUGAGACUCGACCUGAUAUCAGUGAUUGUUACACUCUGAUGGAAGUGUUCCACAGCAGUCGAUAUGAAGGUCUCAUAGAUAUGACUGUUUUAUUAAAAUAAUUUAGUGUUCUUUUAUUAAAAGUAAAUAGCUAAACUGAUGGCAAUAAAAGGUUUGAAUGUUAAAAUUUCUGGGACCAUUUGAAUGUUUUUAUUAAUGCAUCGGUUUGGUCUUAAAUGUCAGUCAUAAUGGUCUKAAAAGGUCUUAAAUUUAACUUAUUGAAACCUGCAUGAACCCUGGUUUAGAUCUAAACGUUUUGUUUCACAUCAACACUGGACUCUACUACAUAUUUAUGCACUUGCCUACAGAACAACGAUCCUUAAAGUAUGUUUUGUUUAUAUUUAAAGACUAACACUACUAUGCAUCUUUCAUUAAUGCACUUAUGUCUGUAAAUAGAAGUUGUAGUUCGUUAAAACGUUAAAUGUCCAACACAUUUUGUGUGCAAGCUGUUAGUUUGACGUUCAAGAGGUUACUGAGGGGUGUUUAAUUUUACAACGUCAAACUCCAGAACAGAUCUUGGUUUGUUUGUUUUUUUUUUUUAAAACAUGGUCCAACUAUUUUUGUACCUUUUUUUUAUUUAACGUAAAAUAUUUUUGUUCCUGAAUAAAUGACUUGAAUUUUGAAAUGUUUACAUAUAUAAGCUCUUUAUUAUAUUGCGAAACCAAAAUACAAAACACAUUACAAACAAACCUGGAAUAUAUAUGGAUUAUGCAGUACAAAAAAAAA